AUGAACCAUCUCAACAAAAACCUCCCCUCGACCGCGGAGGCCGUUCGUGUCGAGUCGUCGCUCGCGGAGACCUACCCAAAAGACUCUGCGUUCCUUCUUCCGUCAAAAAACCGAGACUACGGCCGCCAAUUCUUCUCGAUGUACCAGCAACGAUUGGCCAUGCUUAAACCACGCGUAGACCGCGAGGCAACGCGUAAAUGGGGCAGCAAUACGCGUGAAGUGAACGGAAAACUUAUCCAGCACAAGCAGAAGAUUCUAGACAUCGUGCUGGGCGAGUUGUGUUGGGUUUCAGGAACCAUCUUCUCCGACAUGAAACACAAGCUCAACAUCUUGAAGGAUGUGGAGAAGGGCACUGACGAUCUCAUGCCGCAGCCCUCGAAAAAAUAUGUGGAUGCGGACAACGAGGCGGUGGUCAUGAUUGAGGAUGAGAGUGGACGGGCCAUUCUACAUAAUGAAGAGCUCUUGAGGAAAUCGCAUUUAGUUACUGGUUGUUUCGUAGGUGUUUUGGGAAUUGAGAUCCAGGCAGGCAUUUUUGAAAUCAUGGAGAUUGUCAAUCCGGCUCCGGCUCCACAGACGUUGGCUCUUGCAGAUGUAGACUCCUCUGGUCCUGAGGAGUGGCUAGCGUUUGUCUCGGGCCUCAGUUUCGGGAAGGAAACCGACUUGGAUCCGCGCACUCUUCUUCUUCUGCAGUGGCUUUCUGGCGAGCUUGGAGGAGAAGACGACGUAGCAGCCGCUAAGAAAAUCCUGACUUUGGUCGUAGUAGGUAACAGUAUAGUGGAAAACGAGCACGAGGAGAAUUUGGAUUUCACCACCACUAACAAUUUCGGCUCCAAAAACACCUCCAAGUUUUCUCCAGAGUCGCUCACCCUAUUUGGCCAGUGGCUCAACGAAAUUGUCGCCACAAUUCCCGCCGUCGUUAUGCCUGGAGAAAGCGAUCCGUGUGAGGUUUGUUUGCCACAACAGCCCGUUCACCGUGCUCUUUUCAGCCAGAAUGCGCCUUACGUUGGCUCCAAGAACCUUGUCACCAAAAGUAAUCCUACGUGGAUGCAAACCAAUGCCGGGUUGAGGAUUCUCGCCUGUGCGGGCCAGAAUAUCGAUGACAUUUGUAAAUACCGGGUUGGUGAGACGUCACUUGAAGAAACUCUAGAUAUCAUGGAACAGACUUUAAGAUGGCAGGUGUUUGUUCCAACGGCGCCAGACACUCUCUAUUGUUACCCUUAUGAGGAUAGUGACCCGUUCACGUUGGAUGAGAUGCCAAAUUUGUAUGUUGUUGGUAAUCAAUGUGGCGGUGGUAGCCGAACAGUUGAGAUUGGCUCGAGUUCUGUCAAGCUUCUAAGUGUGCCUGCUUUCAAAAGCACCGGAGAGAUUCUUCUUGUGAACACCAAAACGCUUGAGGUCAAGUCUGUAUUAAUUGAGUAA